AUGGCGAGCGGCAAGUGGCGGGAGUUCAGGCGCGUGGUGCAACGGCGACGCGUGUUCCAGCAGGACCAGCUCGAGACUAGCGACUUGAAGAGAUGUUUGACCGGCUGGGAUCUGACGGCCCUGGGCCUGGGCAGCACCCUGGGCGUGGGUGUUUAUGUGCUGGUGGGCUUGGUGGCGCUGCAGUACGCUGGGCCGUCCAUCAUCCUCUCCUUCCUGAUUGCAGCAAUCGCAUCAAUGUUUGCUGGGUUGUGUUAUGCGGAGUUCGGUGCCCGGGUGCCUAGAGCGGGAUCUGCAUACAUCUACACGUAUGUCACAGUCGGAGAGCUGCUGGCUUUCCUAGUUGGAUGGAACAAUAUUCUCGAAUCAGCUUUUGGCACCGCGAGCGUAGCCCGGGGCUUGAGCAUAUACGUGGACACCAUGACGAACAAGACCAUGUCUAGCUGGUUCGAAAGCGCUCUUCCCGUGGGGACCAGUCAGCUGUCGCCUCACUUCGAUCUGUUCGCGUUCCUAGUUGUUCUUCUGCUGGGAGUGUUGCUCGCGUUCGGAGUGCGUGAGUCGUCAAUGGUGAACAACGGACUUGCGGUCGUCAACACCUUGGUCAUCAUAUUCAUAGUCUUCGCGGGAGCUUUUAAAGCGAACAGUUACAACUGGCGGAUUCCUGCCGAAGAAGUGCCGGAGGGGCGCGGGUCGGGCGGGUUCUUCCCGUACGGCAUGCUGGGCAUGCUGCGCGGCGCCGCCAUCUGCUUCUACGGAUUCGUUGGGUUUGACAGCAUCAGCGCAUCGGGAGAGGAGGUGAAGGAGCCACGUCGCACUAUUCCAUUCGCCAUAUUGACCGUCCUUACCAUAUUGUUCAUCGCAUAUUCCAGCGUCGCCAUAGUGGUUACCAUGAUGGUCCCAUAUUUCGAACAGGACGAGAAAGCGGCGGUGGCGGCUGCAUUCACGUCCGUGGGGUGGGACUGGGCGAGAUGGGUGGUCACCGUGGGUGCAAUAUUCGGUAUCUCUGCCAGCUUGUUCGGCGCCAUGUUCCCCCUGCCUCGUCUUCUUUACGCGAUGUCGUCGGAUGGGCUGCUGUUUCACUGGCUCUCCCACGUGUCCGCUUCCCGACAGACACCCAUCGUCGCUACAGUAUUGCCAGCUGCCAUUAUAGCGCUUCUCGCGGGUUUUCUGGAGUUGCAACAACUUGUGAUGAUGAUGUGCAUUGGCACGCUGUUCUCCUACACAAUUGUCGCAGUUUGCGUCAUAGUAUUAAGGUAUAGGUCGAAUGCAGUCUCCCAGUCUACGUCGAGCACCCUCAGGCAGAUCGUCAGCUGCGGCCAGAAGGUGCCCAACAAGACCACCUCCAACAGCGUCAUCGUAAUCCUCAUCAUUUACAUGUGCGUAUGCGUCGCAUCGGCGUUAGUAUGGCGACUGGCCGCGACGCGCGCAGUCACCCUGGCGGCUCUUAACGUGCUGGCACUACUACUUGUGGCACUCAUGUUCCUGCAGCCCACACAACAACCAGACCUGCCAUUCAAGACUCCCUUCGUUCCAGUCAUUCCUUGCCUCAGCAUUUACUUCAAUAUACAUUUGAUGAUAUUCAUUAAUAUUCAAACGUGGAUAAGAGUUCUCAUUUGGAUAUUAAUCGGUAUACCAAUUUACAUAAUUUGCGUUUGUUGCUACAAACGUAACAAAAGUAACAAUUUAGAAGAGAACAUCAAAACUUUCUCAAAUGUAACAAAAAAUGGAAACACACACAUUCAAAUAAUCGUCGAGGCUCCUACACCUCCUGGCACAUUAGACAGAAGUAGUAAUAUUGAAGGAGGUAACAGAGAUAGCAAAACGAUGGAACAAAGAGGAGUCAAUAUUGAAAUGAAAGAGAAAACUAUACAUAAUGACAUUGUUCCUUACGAAACUGAAGAAAUAGUCAUACAACAUGCAGCAAUUGUAGAAAAUAACGAAGAAAAAGAAGCAAAAAUUAUAUAUUUGUUGGAUAAAGUAUUACAAGAUGAAGAAGAUAGUUACGGAGAAAUCAUAAGUUGGAAAGAACCUACAGAUGAUGACAAUGUUUCGGCUAAGCAAGAUAUUACUUUACACAGAAAAUCAUUAACUGAAUUAUCAGAUGCUGGAUCAGAUGCAUCUUUAGGUAACAAUGUUUUAUCUAAAUAUGAUGUAGUUGCGCAAGUACACAGAGAGGAUUUACCAAAAGUGACAGAGGAGUCACUGGAAACGGGGGAAAUCGAAGAGCUCGAAAAUAACAAUGAGGUAGAGGACCAAGAAUUAGUAACUGCAUUUAAUGAUAGUGAAACAAACUCCGGUACCGGCGAAUCUGGAUAUUCCGAUACAAUUGAUAAAACAGCGUUAAACGACUCAAUAGAAGAUGUACCAAAUAUACCUCCACCUCCUCCAUUAGAUGAGAACUACUUUGCUAGUCCUUAUUUUAAAAAAUCUUAUACAGUUCCUAAGAGGCCUUCGAAAUCAAAAUUAGUAGAAAUGCAAGACGAAGAAAAUAAACCCAGGGAAAGCAUUAAUUCAAACAGUUCCAUGGGCGACGGUAAUUUGGUGUUCGGUAGUGACAGACAAAUAACUUUUUUAUCAAAAUUGAAUGAUCUUUUUCAAAGUAAAAUGUUGACUGACGAUGUUGAUGAACAAAAACGGAGAUCAAACUCUGCCGGAAAUGUAGUUGAAAAUACUCCUUUCUCACCUUUCGUACGACCACCUAUGUUUUUAGACUUACAAAAAGAGAUCACUUCAAAGGAAGCGGCGCAAAAUUUGCGUCAUGUUUUGGAGGAGAAACCCAAUCCACCAGACGAAGUAGAAGACGAUGAAGCUGAAGAUCAAUCAAUGGGUAAAGAAGCUCUGAAAUCCAAGUUAGAGAACAUUUUCGCUACUGGAGGUCCUCAGCUAUUAAAACCAAGACUAAUGAAAUCAAACCCACCCACACCAGAAGAAUCGUAUCAAACGGACAACUCUAGUACAGAAAGCAUAGCUAAACUGCCUAAAAUGGACAAAAACGAUACUCUCAAGAGACAAAAAGAUAAGUUUAGUCAAGUAUUGAACUCUUUUCGAUUAAGUUUAAAUAAAGAAGACAAUGUGUAA